CUGUAAAGAGUGUUAGUCACAUGGUGAAGGGUUAGGACGGCCCGACCGGGCGUCUUAUAAUGGGGUGUGGAGGAGGACGGGUUUUAUGAAAGGGGCAACCCAGACAGGAGCGACUGCUGUCACCGCCGGCCACGUAAUGUCCCUUUAAUUGGCAAGUGUGAAGUUUCACAGGACGGAGCGACGCCUGCCGGAGAAGAGGGUCACAUGGAAGAAGACUCCAUAGAAACCGCCUGAAGAGCGGCGCAGGAGUCCUCGCCCCCGCAGCCUCUGCUUCCCAUCUCUUCCUGAUCGGUCGCCUCGUCUUCAUGGCUUUUCAGCGUCAUGCCCAGCACUUCGGAGGUUACGUGAUGCAGAGGCCGCACAUCGGAUACAUCUCCGGCGUUCCACUGGACCAGAACACCUGCCACACGUGGGACGACAUCUGGAAAUUUCAGGCGCAUCCGGAGGACGUCCUGAUGGUCGCUUAUCCAAAAGCAGGCAUCACGUGGAUGCAAGAAAUUGUGGAUAUGAUCUGCCAGGAGGGCAACGCUGAGAGGUGCCGCCGGGCGCCGACCUACGACAGACAUCCGUUUCUGGAAGCUGUAGCUCCAAAACCCGUGCCUUCAGGACUGCAGUUGGCAGAAAACAUGGAGCCGCCGCGCAUCUUAAAAACCCACCUACCCAUCCAGCUGCUGCCCCCAUCUUUCUGGGAACAGGACUGCAAGGUGAUAUACGUGGCCAGGAACGCCAAGGACAGCAUGGUGUCCUAUUAUCACUUCCAGAGGAUGAACAGAGGCCUCCCGGACCCCGGCGACUGGGGUUCUUACUUCUCCACCUUCCUGGCUGGAGAUGUCACCUGGGGGAGCUGGUUUGACCACGUCUUAGGCUGGUGGGAGGCGAAGGAUCAGCACCAAGUCCUUUACAUCUUCUAUGAGGACAUGAUGGAGAACACGAGGCGAGAGAUCGAGAAGGUGAGGAGGUUCCUGGGGAAGGGGCUCUCGGAGGAAGUCCUGGAGGAUGUCUACCACCACACCACCUUCCAGGCUAUGCGAGAGAACCCCAUGGCCAACUACAGCUCCAUCCCCUCCUUCGUCAUGGACCAUUCCGUGUCCCCCUUUAUGAGGAAAGGUGUGGUGGGAGACUGGAGGAACCAUUUCACGGUGGCACAAGAUGAAAUUUUUGAGAAGGAAUAUUGGAGAAGAAUGGAGGGGACCGACCUGACCUUCCGCACGCAGCUCUGAGGAUUAGUGCCCCCUGCUGACGGACAUUCACAUACCCCGCUGCCCACAGACACCGUCGGGACACUAUAAAGUCUAUUAACCCUUUGGGUCUGGGGGGGUUAUACAGCAGCAGUGUGCAGCCGGGGCUCUCCGGCUGUUGUGGAACUACAUGCAUUACACGGAAGCUGCAGACUGUUAUGGCAUGCUGGGACUUCUAGUUCCACGACAGCUGGAGAGAUGCAGAUCAGAGUUGUACCUGAAUAUACUGUACGUACCGCCCUGACUGAUCCGUCUGUAAGAUGAUGUAUCAAUAAAUGUAUCCAAUC